AUGUCUACGCUCGUGGACGAGCUGCUCCAGGACUUCGAGGACUCGGGCUCAGAGCCCGGCGACGCCCCGAACGAGGACCACUUCCUAGGAGCUGACGAUGGCGAGGCUUCAAAAGAGGCGCACGGAAAUGGCGAUAUGGACUUGGACGAAGGAGCCGACGAGGACGAUGAGGAGAUGGGUGGCGUCGACAGCAGCAAACAAGUCCCAGAAGACCCCGAGGAGGCCAAGGCAAGGGUUGAAAAGAUGCAGCUGAAGGACGUCAACGACGUGCGGCAUGUUGCUGGUCUCAUGAAGACCUUGGAGCCCGUUCUUGAGGUUAGUAGCACGCCGUUGAGGCACCCUCCGCCCUCUACUACUUGUUCAAGACAUCGUGAAGUGUUUACAUCUUUAUCCCUGGACAUUAGCCCUGACUAUUUGCGUCCGACCCUGCAGAAAAUCGAAUAUUACCAAGCGCAACCACCAGAGGCACGAGAUGCUAGUAUCGGCAACAUCGAGGACCACCCCGAAUACAACCUCCUGACCGAGUCGAACCAACUGUCCACAUCUAUCGACAGCGAGAUUGUCCUCGUACACAAAUACAUCCGCGAUCACUACUCGGUACGGUUCCCCGAGCUCGAGACGUUAAUCACGAAUCCCCUUGAGUAUGCGAGGGUCGUUGCGAUUUUGGGAAAUGGCCCCCUGGAUCCAGACAACGUCAAGACCUUGGAAACGUCCAAGAACAACAUCUUGAACUCUACGUUGAAGGAGGUACUUGACGGUCCCUCUCUCAUGAUUGUGACACUGGAGGCAACGAGAACAAACGGCCAAGAGAUGUCGGAGGCCGAGCUCAGCCGGGUGAUGAGGGCUUGCAAGAUGGUUGUGGACCUGGACAAGGCAAAGAGGACCUUGACGGAAUACGUGCAAUCACGCAUGAACAUAUUCGCACCAAACCUGACCGCUCUCGUUGAGUCUCUCACAGCCGCGCAGCUUUUGAACGGAGCUGGGGGCUUGACCGGACUGGCUAAGACACCCGCUUGCAAUAUCUCUGCUUGGGGAUCCAAGAAGCAACAAAGCAGCGGAAUGGCUACAAAUGUCGGUGUCCGCCAGCAGGGCUUUCUUUAUCAUUCUCCAAUCAUCCGCAGUGUACCAAGCGACAUGAAGAGACAGGCCAUGCGAAUAGUAUCCGCAAAGGUCGUCCUUGCCGCCAGGGUGGACUGUGCACACUCCAGCCCGGACGGUUCCGCCGGCGAAGACUUUAAGCAGCACUGCCUGGAGCGGCUCGACAAGCUGCAAGAGAAGCCCCUGAGCAAGGGACAGCGCGCCUUGCCUGUGCCGGACGACAAGCCGAGUCGGAAGCGAGGAGGACGGCGCGCACGGAAGGCCAAGGAGGCCACAGCCAUGACCGACCUGCGCAAGGCGCAGAACCGUGUGGCCUUUGGCAAGGAGGAGAAGGAAGCAGGCUACGGUGCGGGAGACUCCACUGUAGGCAUGGGCAUGAUCGGACAAACAGACACCGGCCGGGUGCGUGGGACACAGAUCGACGCGCGCACCCGCGCGAAGCUCAGCGCGAAGAACAAGGGCUGGGGCGGCCUCGCGAGCUCGGUCACGGGCGGGGCGGCCUCGUCGCUCAAAGGGUUCGGCCAGACACCCGGUGGCCUCGAUCUGCGCGGCAAUGGUCUACGGACAUCUGGUGUCGGGACUACGGUGGGCGGUGGUGGAACCAUGUCAUCGCUCAACUUCACGCCCGUUCAAGGCCUGGAGCUGGUGGAUCCAAAGGUUCAGGCGGAGUUGAAGAGGAAACGGGAGGCCGAGCAAGAUCGAUGGUUCAAGGGCGGCACAUUCACACAGGUCGGCGGUGACAGCAGCAAGACGAGCAGUGAUGGUGUCUUCAAGAAGCCGGCCCUGCCAGCUUCCAAGCGGGUUGACACAGGUGCGACGAAGAGGUGA